UGUUUGCCAGCGACGAAAAAUUGGAAAAUUUCGACCCGCACCCUUUCGGGAAUCGGCCAAAAAUCGUUUCUUUAUGUGGCGGAACUAUCGGCGUAUUCGAUUUGCAUAUAAUUCAUCGGAAAGUAAUUUGUUGUUGUGCAAAAGAAGUGAAUUUAACAAAGGGUUUUGCGGUUUUUUCCGCUUAUGCCGUCCCAGUUGUCGGUGUGGUUUUUAGAAGGCCUUUCUGCUCCCUAAAGUGUUUGCCUCUUCGAGAUAGUAAAAACGCCAGGAAACAAUAUUUGUGGGGAAGAAGAGCAGUUACGUAGUUACGUUUUCUUAUGUGCUCGGCCAGAAAAAGAACCCAGUCACGGAGCUUUUUUGCAAUGUUCGGUGAUGAUUAAAAUUUUUUGAGUUGACCGAGUGAUACGAGUGUAUGUGUAAUUAUAUGUCCCAAAAAAGGGAUGAGAGUGAAUCGAGAACGCUAGCGCUACGCAAAUAAUUUUAAAAAGCGAUUGUUUCUGCAGAAUCAUCCAGGAUUACUAUACAGUGAAAAAGUGUAAACAUAAAAUAGUGGCGUAAUUUAUCUCGAUAAUGAUUCAAUGGUCUAAUAAAAGUGUAAACAAAUUGAAAUAAACAAAGAAUCUGAAAUUGCUGCAAGCAAUAUUUAGAAGAAACACAAUUGGAUAGUUGUUCUGUAGAUCCCUGCAAGGAUUUCACAAUAUAUACAAAUAUUACUACCUUUUGCAUUUCUGGAAGUGUCGCGAGAUAGCUUGUGUCGUUCUCAAGCCCUAAACCUGCUGUUAAAUGGAACAAAACCUAGCUGAUUAUCUACGCCUAAAAAAGAUUUGAAGGAUGGAUAAUGACGUUGGCCAACAAGCGCAUUCACCAGGAUUAUACGAGCGAGAAGACGGUUCGGUUUCACCCGCACCUGCGCCGACACAUUUGUCACCGAGCGAGGCGAACGAUGAAUCGACGACGGUGGAUAAGCUUACCGUAAAGGAACGGUCUUCUUCCGGGGAUCUGGAUGUUGAGGGUGACAAACAAGCGGUAGUUAGCACUGAUGACCUCGAAGAGCAGAGCACAUCCGAAGAAAAAGAAACUGUGCCGGAGGAGGAAAAUCAUCCGCUAGAUGCGGUAGAAGCUCAUGAUGAGGAGCGUACUUCGGUUGACAUACAAUCACCUGCGCAGGACACAGGUUCUUCCACCGAGGAAGAGACUCAAAAACAGCAUGAUGAAUGUCAACGAAUAAACUUGCACGAAAAAGACAAAACACCGCCACAAGAAAAUAUCGAACAGGCAGUGAAACAUAAAGCAAAUGGUAAUUUAACAUUGGAACCAGCGAGUUAUGAUACCGGACAGUUGCAGAGUAAUUCACAUAGCAGUCCAACAAAUAACAGUACUUCAACAGAAAUAAAAGAGAAUGACGAUGCAAUUGAUAACUGUUUGGACAGUUUACACGGCGCAAAAGAAGAGGCUGAUAUUUCGAAUGCUGAUAUAUCGGAAACUUGCGAAAGAGAAGAACUAGCAGCACAAGAAAGUCAACCAGUGCCAGAUAGAGAAGCAAAUAUGGAUGUUGAUCUAGAAAUUGAUGGGAAGAAUACUGGCUCGGAUGCUAAUAUGUCAGAACGUCAAGCGGAACAGGAGUUGGAUUCACAUAACGAAACAGAAAUACCAUGUACCGAAAAGAGACAAAUAGUUGAUGUAAAGGAAAACGCAGUGACCGAAAAUCUUUAUGUGAAUGGAAAUGAUUUAAUUGAGGAUACUCAGGAAGCAGAUCACUUACGUGAUAGUGAGCGACUGACAGAGGAUGUUGAUCCAGUGUGUCAUAAGCGACCGAGAUCAGUUAGUCCAACCAGUGAAGCAGCUUUGCACGAGCCUGCAAACAAACAAUUGAAGCUAAAUGAGUCAAGUCCGCAAAGUACACCGAGAACAGAACCAGUCAUCAAUGGUGACGUUUCUGCUGUAGGAGAAGGAAUCACCCAUCCAGAUAUAACAGAACCGCUGGCGGAAUCUGAAAAACUUGAUCAGUCGACUGACUCGGGGAAGUCAUCGUUUGGUGAAGAAGAAGAUGCGACAACAAAAACUAGUGUACCACAAUCAGUAAACAAUCCUGCCUCAGUGGAUGAAAAACCUCAAAGUGAUGCUGGCUCAGUUCACAACACCAAUAUUGAGGACGAUGAUUUGGAUGACGAAAAGUCUAGCAGCUCAAGUUCACAAUCCAGUUCUUCUAGUUCUAGUUCUGAAUCGGACAGUUCCGAUGAUGAAGCAUCAAAAGAUGAAGAUGAUGAUGAUAAAGCAGUUCCAAAAGUGCAACCAAAACAACAUAAAAUGGAAUCGGCAGAGGAAAAACCCGAAGUUGUGCCACCUACAAGCAUGGCUACAGGAACAGUAGACCAUACCGCUGAUGUUGCGAUGGAAAACAAUGAUAGCCAACCACGACUGGAAAUGAACGAACUGGGCUCACAAAGUUCCGAUGAGUAUGAAGAACCAGAAGAGGACGAUGUGAUGGAUAAAAAUGAAAACGAGAACGGAGCAAAAAUUACUAAAAGUGAAGGUUUAAAACUUUCGAUUUCGCUAAAAAGGUCUACAGCAGAAGAUUCCGCCGCUGUAGCGCUAAGCAACGUUGAUAAGUUGCUUCCUCCGGAAAAUAAGGCAGCCAUUCCGCAACCGGUAGACUUUUCUAAUUUUUUAAGUCAGGAAAAACUUUUUGGCGAACGGUCAGAGUUAAUUAAGAUAGACUACAACAGUAAGCCCCAGGUGCACAAUUUAAGCGAUCAGGUAAAAAAGAUGGAAUCGGAGAUGCUUCCUAUGAUGCCAGAAUCUGCUGGUGGUUUUAACUUGUUAAAUAAUCAAUUUAAAACUAACUAUGUUGGGCUCAAUUCAGCAGAUUUUCUAAUGGAUGAAUCGUCCGAUACGUUGGAUGAAGACAAUCGGUUAGUUAUAGCUGAGAAACAACGAAGGGGUAGGAAAAAGGAUAAUUCACCCACAAAACAACCACAACUGCAGGCGCAGCAACAACAAACUUGGUUACAAUCGGCUCCACCACCUCAAAUGUCGAGAAUAGGUAUCACUGCUAAAAUUGCGCCUGCUAAAAGACCGUAUCAACAGCGGUCUCAGGCAUCUUUAAUGAAAACAAUGUUGGCCAGCAGUAAGAUAACCCAGCAACAUUUACCUGUUCCUCCGGCUCUUCCUCCACAGCCGCCUAUUCAACCUCAACACGUCCAGCAACCCUUGUUCUUACAGCAACAGCAGCAGCAGCAGUUCCUUCCUCAACAGCAACCCCAACAACAACCACAGCCGCCACCGACGGAGAAAAAGAAGGAUAAGAAAAAAGUGUUUCUUUGUUCGCCUUGUGGAACACAUUACGAAAAUUGGAAUCUUUUCAAACACAUGCGUGAAGUACACAAAAAAUACAUCUGUCUGUAUUGUUUGGGUAUCUUUCAAUCCGCCGAAAGGCUAGUAACGCACUUGGAAGCCAAGCAUCAGGUACGCAAAAAGCAUAUGGCCAGUAUCGACGAUUACCAGAGCCAACAGCAGCAGGAAAACGUGGACACUAACGAGAGAUCACUCUAUCUAAUGUGUGCCCGUUGUGAGCACAUAUUCGAACGGACGACUGCUGCAGACGAACAAACGAUUGUGCAGCAUGAUUGUGCUAAUUAUUUAGAAAAAUGUGACAACUGUGGUAAUCUGAAGCAAUCGAAGCACAAGUGUGAGAAGAAAACAGAUUUAUUAUCGGCCACAGUAAAUGCAGCGGCCGCAUCCACCGGCAAUAGUCAGAAGUUGAUUAACACUACAAACAAUAAAAUUAAAUUUAAUUUAAAUAACAAUUAUGAUAACAAUGCUAGUAGUAAUUCAUCGGCUGUGAUGUUUAAUUACGAAAAUCAUGGAACUACUAGCAGUAACGGCAAUCCAGAUAAUUUGUCUCAGCUAAAUAGUCUGGCAGGUGUAACAAAACACCAGAAUGUGGCAAACGUACGAAAAUCGUCCAAUAAGAAAAUAAAACUAGCGCAGCGAUCUAAGCCCGCCGAGAUUCCAAACUCGAUGGGAAUUAACACACACAUGCUGGUGAAUCUUCCACCCAAGGAUGAUCAAUCGUCGUCGGUGACUGUCGAAGAUUCAUUCAAUAGUCCAAUAUUACAAUCACAAUUAAUGAAACCGCUGGAUGCAAUACCUCAACUAACGAGUACAGUUGCGUAUACAGCCGAACAACCGCACUAUUACACGGGACAACCAAGUGACCAUCAGCCAUUUUUGAUUCAACUGCCAUCACAGUUAAUGGAACUCCCGAACCAAACCGGGUCAGAGCAUAAAUUUAGCUUCAACGAAUCGACAAAGCUUUCUACCAUACCGGCAAGCUUGUUGAAUGUUAGUGAAACACCUAUGGAACUCCCACCUGUACCUGAGCUGCCUAGCCAGAUCGGGCAAGAGAUGGAGCAGCUAACGCCAGAACGACCCCCGCUGCUGGUACCAAAGCUGAAGGUAAAAAUACCGAAACAAUUUUGUCCGCCUGUCGAAAGCGAGGAGUCAUCAACCGACAGUGAUUACGACGAUAAUGAACCGGCAGAGAAAAACGACGACGGCGGCAACAAUAAUGAUGAUAGGAAGUCCGCAGAACCAACGGUUCCUUCGAGUGCUGAGGCAGAUGCAGAUGCUCCUCCCCCAGUGAACCGAAGAGAAGAUGAUGUUAAACUGGAUCCCGUCGAGAUGGAUAUCGAGGAAGAGGGUGACCGACAACCGGUUAACUUGCCACCCGAAAUGGGACCAGCGCCCAUGCCGGAACAGCAUCGACUGGACCAGCAACAACAUUUAGACCUCGGAAUGGUAGCGCCACAGCCAACAACAUUGGACAAACCAACCGAACCCUCAGCAGAUUCUGCUGAUAAUCCGCCGGAAUCAGCAGCAGAGCAACAUAUGACCGAAUCGGAGAUUCAAUCUGACGCAAUUGUCAUUGCAAAUGACGAUGCACAAUUGUUCGAAUUAACACUUGACGAACCGUUAGAUAAAAUUGAUAUGCGCGAUUUUAUCAAGUUAUGUCUCAAAUCGACAGUUCCAUUUUGUCUAUAUUGCAACCAUGCGAGGAGAAUCGCUGUUAACGGAAAAUACUUAGCACUUCACUUGGUGGCCAGCCAUCGUUUUCAAGCUACGGUAAAUAGUAUCACGGCCGAAGAGCUGCUACCUGCCACAAUAGUUCAGCGAUUUAAAUCGUGCCUGGACGAGUUGGAGCCACUUUUCUUCAAUUUGGAAACAUUUGAUAGCAGUUGGACUGAUGAACAGAAGGCCGUGACGUACCCGAAACAGUUCGAGUGCUUCCAGUGUCGUUUCAUUACAAAAAUUCACAAGGAACUAUAUUUGCACAAUCGCAAAAUGCACCAGAAAUCAUUACUAAUUUGCCUCAUGUGCAAGGAAAAUUUCUUCAGUUAUAGUGAACUACUGUGUCACAUGUGCCCAGGAGCACCGAACCGUUUGUUGAUUCUGGAUUACAAUUUUCGGUGCAGUUUGUGUAAUAUUGACGGAAUUCCAUCGGCCUUUCGGCUUAUGGUUCAUCUACGAAAGCGCCAUUUCGCUUGCGAUGUUUGCUUAGAGCAAUGUUCAGAACAAGGGACGCUCUCCAAUCACGUAUGGAAACAUAAGUUACAUCAUUUGUGCUACCGUUGUGGAAUCGCUUAUCGCAACAAAGCGGACAUAUUGAAACAUCUGUUCUGGAAGCACGGAACAGAAGGUGUGCUGUGCAAGCGAUGUUUGCAGAAGAAGUGGCCUCAUGUGUAUCACUUUUGCGUUCCUCCAGCGCAGUUCAUUUGUGAGGUCUGCCAAAUGGGUUUCCGAAAAUCGCUGGCUCUGAAAGUGCACCAGAGGCUACACAACGGAGAAGAAAAAUAUCCAUGUACCGAGGAUGGCUGUGAAAAGAAGUUUAUUUCGAAGAAACUUCUUUUAAAACAUGUUCAGAGACACUUCGAACCUCCACCCGCGUCGCCGUCGUGCUUAAAGCCUGUAAAGGAGUCAACCCCGGAGUCCGAACUAUCAUCGAAGCCAAAGCAAGAAGAUCAGGAAAAUCCUACUUCGAAUGAAAGCAAAGCCAUCGUAAAAGACGAAGCUAUCGACGGAGAUGCUAAAACAAAAGAGGAAAUUAAAGAUGAAAAGUCAUGUGAAGCAGAGAAGACCAGUACGGAAACUCCGCAAAAGAAAAAGAAAAAGCGUUCGAAGGAAAAUCAGGAUAAAUCACUGACUGAUUUAAUAAAUUUACCUGCGUUGAACUUAUCAGAAAGUGACAGUUCGGACGAUUCUGACGUAGAUCAAUCGAAUUCGAAUAGCAACAAGAAAGGUGUAAAUACUUUACCAACAAACGACAGCUCUGGAGAUGAGAACAAAACGCCUAUAAAAGAAAACUCCGAGGAACCGUCAAGCGCGACGGAAGAGAAAGAGAAAGCUGACGCCGACCAAGUGAUGACUAUUUGGAAUAACUUCAAAAACUAUCAAGCCAGUAGGAAUAAUAGCCGUAGAACGUCUCUUUCAGAAGAACUUAAUGAGGAGCAAUACGCAGAAAAGAUGUUGAAAACUAAGAUCUUACAUGUCUCACAGUCGGAUCAUGAUUAUUGUCGUAUGACGAAAAAAGUGUAUCCACAUGUCAAAGCUGCUGAAGUCGGUGAAACGAUUGUAAUCGAUGAUAAUGGUAACUUGGGUAACGUUGAAAAGCAAGAAUCUCCAUCGAAAGGUGGGAAUUCGAAAAAGCAAAAAACUCCACGAAAAAGAAAAGCCUCCAAGAGCGGUACGGAUUCCUCAUCCAGUGAUAGUGGAAGUGACUCCGAUUCAAGCUGCGAGUGUGGCUCGAAUUGCAGUUGCAGCUCAAGUAGCUCUGGAAGUAGCAGCUCGUCAUCUGAUGAUUCAGGAAGCUCGGAUGAAAAUGCUACAAAAAAUAAAAUCAAGGAGGUUACCUCUUUACCUCAAGAGCAAACGAGUAAGGAAGAACCUUCACCUUCAGCAGAGGAAGAAUUGCCUGUUGCUACCCCAGUACCUGUUGACCCGGACACAAUCAUUCAUGAAUCUGAUCUAGAAACUGACGAGUCGGAAACGGAUGAAGAGUUUUAUGAUGACCAUCCUCAGAAAUUGGCUAAUCAAAUGUUAGCGGAAAAACGACGCCAGUUGUUACAGCAGACUUGUAUGAGUCCGAUGAACAGCUACGGAAUCGUCGAGAACAGUAGGCCGUCAACACCUUCCCUACCACCAGAAGAAACAAGUGCGAAGAAAAAAGUUAAACUGAAGAAACGAAAGCGUGAAAGGAAAUACACAAAAAAGACUACUACACAACUGUUAACAUCUGAGGAACCUUCAGCCUCGCACAUUCCUCCCUUAGGUCACGCUGAUCAAUUUUCACCACCUUCGACUAUCCAGACGCACUCACUAGGUGCCACACCUAAAUUUCAUCCUACCGAAAACACAGCAUCUGCUAAUCAAACAGUUCCUCUGGGCACACCGUUGGCUGUGCCUGCAAUGAAAUCUUCUUCUAAGAUAGGUACUCCCCGAUUGAGCACUGGAAAUAGUUCGGAAUCAGACGCUCCGCUCAAGCGAUCACAGCGUAGUAGAAAACCAAACAAAUUCUACGGCUAUACAAGUGACGAAGAAACACCGUCCGCACUGACUCCUACAAUGGCUUUGAAGCACCCGGAAAAGUCAAUCCUCUCAGUAAUGAAACCAACACCGCCCCCUAAUCUGAUCUGGAGUAAAGAAGAUCUUCCUUCACCGACCAAUAUGAAGGUUAAAACUCCCAAAUUAAAACAGCAACCAGAACAGCAUACACCACUUACCAGUCGUGUUCCGGCUCUUCCGCCCUCUAUAAACAACCCAGUUCAACAGCCACCACGUGUUGAAGCAUCAAGAAUCCCUCAUGUUCCAGUGCACCACAUUUAUGCUAGUCCGCUAGGAACACCACAACAAACAGACGCGGACAGUGACUCGAGCCAAGAAGGCGUUUUGCAAAUAAGUCAGAAACCCAUCAAAUCCACCACCACGCCGCACCGACCGCAACCACCACUUCCCAAGCUUAAGCUGUCGAUUUCAAAGAAGGGUUCUCGAGGGGCAGCAAAAACGCCGGCGGCUUCACGAAAACGAGGUGUAGCCAAAUCUAAGGCUCCAAAAUCAGCACCUCCAACGAUACAACCAGUUGCAACCAGUCGUUCGGUCGCUGCGCCGGCGAUGAUUCCACAUGCUUUCGAACCACCCAUCGUCGAAGCUGGCGUUCCGAAAAUACCCCCACUGGGGUCUUUUCCAAGCAUUACCACGGAGUUUUUUCCGCCCAAUCAAAUACGCAUCCCAGCCGGAUGGCGUCCUCCCCGAGAAGGCGAAUCCGUGUACUGCUAUUGCCGUUGUCCAUACGACGAAGUUUCGGAAAUGAUAGCCUGCGAUGGUGACAACUGUCGCAUAGAAUGGUUCCAUUUCGAAUGCGUCGGCAUCAUUAUGCCACCGAAAGGCAAGUGGUUCUGUCCGGAAUGUAAACUAAACCAACCGAUGGGUGGCGUUAGCGGUCGUGUCGGGUCACCUUCCUACGGCAGUUCUGGUUCAGCUGCUGUGAUACCAGCAACUGCCACCCUCGGUGGUUCAGGAGUCAACUGAAUCAAAGUCCCAUAAAACAAAGGAAUCUUUCUAGUUGCUGUCACAAUAUUGAACCAGGGAAUAUCCAAUGUUAAGAAGUCUGGAAAAUCAUGUAUGCUUUUGAAUGCUAUUUAGAAGAUUAUAAAAACGGUAACACAUUUUGUUACUCAGUUCUAGAAUGAUUUUUUCCGUAACCGACACGAGAUGCAACUUUCAACUUUAUAAAAUGCAUUCAUGGAAGGUAAUACAAAAACGCACGCUCUGAAGCAAAGGAUUUUAAAGUACCAAUAUAACUGCACACUGAAUCUAACAGUGAUGUAAAAUGUUCCCGAAAAGAUUGUUCCGACAGACCACAGCAGAAGGUAGCAACAAACCAUUAUUCAAAACGCUUAUUUUUCAUCAGAACCUAUGACAUAAACCCGGACAAGGCUCGGUAGAUAGAUAGCUCUGAUCAUCCUAUUUUUUCAGUCGAUAAAAGUAGUUAGUUGUGUAAAAAUAGAAAUAAUAAUCAUUGCUCUGCGAAGGAGCAACAAUUUAUAAAUGGAUCUAAGCUGCAGAUCGUAUAUUUGUACAGUUUUCCAAUUAGUUUAACGUAGGGGUUUUCCUGUUUGCAAGACGAUUAUUGUAUAGUACUAUUUUGAACAGCAUAAAAUAAAAUGCAGUUUUUUUUGCAAGUGACAUUUUAGCCAACCAAUGAUUGCAAACCACAAACGCUUGCAAGGAGAAGUUUUAAAAACUUUUUUCUUGUCUAAAUUUAUUUUGCUGCAAACAUAUUAGAAUUUAGCGGGGAGCACUAAGUCAUUUAGUCGUUUGUAAAUAAUCGAAUCGAGUGCGAAUUUGAAAGUUAUGAUUUGAUUUGAAAAAUAAAUAAUAUAGGUGAUAUAUGUUAUUACAAACUGGAUAUGAUAAACAACAUUAUAACUGUCAAAUUCAACGUACACUAUGAAUACAAAUAUUAUGCAACAAGAACAUAACGUAGAAACGCUAUUGGUGAAGAAAGAUUCACUCGGCAUACACUUAAUAGA